GUGCAAAAGUCAUUCGAAAAGAAUUUUGAAAAUUCUGCACAAACGGUUUUCAUUAUCCUCCACGAUCAUAUUUUUCUAAGCACACUUUCUUCGCUCGUUUGUGCGCUAUAGUUGAUCGUUAAUUCGUUCGAUUAUCGAGGUUGUCUUGUUUCAUUGAUUGUUGAUUUUUCAAACUGGUUAAGUAUAAACGUUGGCCAAUUGGUAUAUUGCGGCAAAAAAAGCGAGCGCGCGUCAUUGUUUGUAUAUAUUUUACGCUAAAAUUUAGUUUGUUUCGCGCAAAUAUUACAUAUUUAUUUUUCGUGCAUAGCCAACGCUUGCCGGGGAAUAUUGUGUGUAUAAAGACAACGAAAGGUAGCGGAUUUAGGUUUAGUUACGGAGGAUCUGUGCAGUAAACGUGUGUGCAAGCGUGUGUGUGUGUUAUUUUUUUUUAAUAAGCAGCAGCUGAAACCUUGCACAAUAUGGCACAAAAGACUGAUGAUAAAACGUCUGAUAUACCAGAGAGGCUCUAUGAUUCCACUUCUCGGUCCACUUACAAGCGUAUGCGAUUCUUUGGAAAGGGUGGCUUUGCAAAAUGCUAUGAGAUUGUUGAUGUGGAGACCAACAAUGUAUACGCCGGCAAGAUUGUAUCCAAAAAAUUGAUGCUGAAACACAAUCAAAAGGAGAAAAUGUCUCAGGAAAUCACUAUACAUAAAAGCUUGAGUCAUGAGAAUAUUGUUAAGUUUCACAGCUUCUUUGAGGACAAUUUCAACAUCUACAUUGUCUUGGAGCUUUGCAAAAAGAGGUCCAUGAUGGAGCUGCAGAAACGACGUAAAACAAUAACCGAAUACGAAUGCAGAUAUUACAUCUAUCAGAUUAUACAGGGUGUUAAAUAUUUGCACGAUCACCGCAUCAUCCACCGUGAUCUCAAAUUGGGCAAUCUCUUUUUGGAUGACUUACUACAUGUGAAAAUUGGCGAUUUUGGUUUGGCGACGCGCGUCGAAUACGAAGGUGAACGCAAAAAGACCCUGUGUGGCACACCCAAUUAUAUUGCGCCGGAGAUACUCAAUAAGAAAGGACAUUCCUUCGAAGUAGAUAUUUGGUCGAUUGGUUGUGUUAUGUAUACGCUGCUGGUCGGUCAACCGCCAUUCGAAACGAAAACAUUAAAAGACACAUAUGAGAAAAUCAAAAAGUGUCAAUACAGAGUACCAAGUUAUCUACGUAAGUCUGCGGCUGAUAUGAUUGUCGCGAUGUUGCAAUCAAAACCGGAAUUGCGACCAACCAUUGGCAGACUAUUGAACUUUGACUUUCUCAGUUGUUCGCCAGUGCCGAUGUUCUUGCCCAGCUCUUGUUUGACCAUGGCACCACGUCUCGAAGCUAACGAGGCUUUGGCUGUCGAUGCCAUGGGACUUCGUAAGCCUUUAUUGGAAUUGAACGGCAUAAAGGAUGAUACGCGAUUGGAACAUACGUUCCUUAAAAAUAAUUUGCACGAUGCCAUUACAGCUUCGGCACAAGUUUUCCGACACAAUGAAGAUUAUCGUGCUGACAUUGAGAGCCUGCAUCAACAAUUGACCGAGCUGAUUAAUGCUAAGCCGAGAUUGCUGCCUCGCAAUUUGGGCGAUGAAAACACAGAUCCGGCUGCGCAACCACUCUUCUGGGUGUCGAAAUGGGUGGACUACAGUGACAAAUAUGGUUUUGGUUAUCAGUUGUGCGACGAGGGCAUGGGUGUAAUGUUUAAUGACACAACGAAACUCAUAUUGUUGCCCAACCAGAUCAAUGUGCAUUUCAUUGACAAAGAUGGCAAGGAAACCUACAUGACCACCACCGACUACUGCCAAUCUUUGGAUAAGAAAAUGAAAUUGCUCACGUACUUCAAGCGUUACAUGACCGAACAUCUUGUCAAAGCUGGCGCCAACAAUGUGAACUUCGAAAGCGAUCAGAUUUCGCGUAUGCCACAUUUGCACUCAUGGUUUCGCACAACGUGCGCAGUGGUCAUGCAUUUGACCAAUGGUUCACUGCAGUUGAAUUUCUCCGAUCAUAUGAAGAUUAUUUUGUGUCCGCGUAUGAGUGCCAUUACAUACAUGGAUCACGAAAAGAAUUUCCGUACUUACCGUUUCUCCACAAUCAAACAACAUGGUUGCUCCAAGGAUCUAUAUCAAAAAAUGCGUUAUGCACAUGAGAAACUCAGCAAAAUGUUGGAGAAAAUGUUAUUUUAAAUCACGACGAUUUGUUGAUACAGUAGAAAAUAACGCCACACACACUAUAUAUAUGUAUUCAUUUGGCUUCCAUCGAUCGUUAAAUUGGCCAUUUCAAUGUAUAAUGUGUUAAAAUUCACGCAACAACAAACAAACAAUUGAUUUAUUGUCUCGCGAGUAAGAAAUGAAAACACAAAUAUUUUUACGAAAUGUUUGUUUUUGUAUAAUUAGUUUUAUUUUGUAAAAUCGUAUUUUUUUCUUCAACUGUUAGUUAUUAUUUUUUGUUCAUUAUAUUUUGCAUUUAUUUCAUAACAUUCAUGGCGCAAUCCAAAACACAUAUGUAAAUGUACAUGGCGCUAGUCGCCGCAUACAAAAUCAACGUUACCGCCAGCUUUGACGACCUAAUUGGCAGCAACCAUUAGGAGCAGAGCCUUUUGGCUCUACGUCAUAUAUAGAGCUAAGUUUGCUGCAUACAUACAUACAUAAAUAACGAAAACUACGUUUAAAUUAAACUAGGUUCUAAUAAAUUUUAGUUUGUGUUUUUAAUGAUAUUAAAUAAAAAUACAAAACAUUUUUAAAUUGAGAAAUUUUGGCGUACGAUUAUUUAUUCUAAGUUUAGUUUUUGCGCUGGAGAAACUUUUUUAAUAUAUUAAUAUAAAAUAAGUUCUUCAGUAGCACUGCUCAUAUGGCGACUCAAAAUUUCAACUUGCGAUUUAAGCGCGCCAAACAGUUGUUUCCCAAGCCAUUUAAACAUCCGUCGGCCAGUAAUUGUCAGUUGCCAUUGCUUUUGCACCAGAAAUUCGUAAAUAUUUACGUAUGCACAAGCUAAAGAAUUUGCGUUUAAUUGACAGCUGACCUACCGUAAGGCGACAUCUACCAUUGAAAUAUCAAUUGGCAGAUUUGUAGGUCUGGUAGCAUGCGCAGCAAACAGCAGAGAAUGUCAAAAAAAAUAUUCAACGUUCUCUGCGAAAAGGCAGCGCAAAACGAAACGUAAAAAUAGCAAACGAAAGAAAGUCGAAAUAAAGCAGGCGAGGAAAUUAAUUUUUUUGGAUAAGACAAUUUUUGAAACGUUGGAACAGUAAAUUUUCCCACGACACACUUUCAAACAAUUGGUAGCAGCGAGAUG